GAAGUUUCUAGAGCGGCCGCCGGGCUGCCGCAAAGCGCCCGGCCGUGCCAGGGGCCGGGGUGAAAGUGUGCGUCGACCCCGGGGGCGGAGAGGACAGCGGGGCCACAGCUACCCCAGCUCAGCAGAAGACAGCUUUGGGAAAAAGAUGAGCCAAGCUUUCAAACCAAGGGAGCCUUAACGGAGACAGAGCACGUGUCACUCACAGACCUCAAAGGGCCUGGCAGUCAAGGAGCGUCCUGGAGAUGAAACCCUGCGCCACUUACGAGCUGUUAGUGGAUGGUGUUGGGACAUGGGACUUCACUGGAGGUUUUGUUCCCUGUGAGCUGCUCCUUGUUGGAGAGGACGCCUACCCUGUGCUCCUGAGCGCUAAGAAGCAGGUCCUGAUUGCAGUUUCACAGUAUGGGAAGGGCCGGAUGGUGGUUGUUUCCCAUGAAGGAAUCCUGAAGGGCCCCAAGUUCUCCCAGUUCCUCAGAAAUGCCAUAGAGUGGCUCAAGCCCUGCCCGGAGGCCCUGGUUGGGGUUCAUCCUCGUCUGGAUUCCCUGUCCCAGGUGCUGCUUGGGGCUGGCACCCGAGUGCAGGUGGGGGCAGAGCCCAGCCCGUCCAUGGGGGUGUUCUGUAUGGAUGCCUAUGACAGCUCCCAGGCCAAAGGCGUCGUUGACUUUGUCAAGGGGGGUGGAGGGCUUCUUGUUGGAGGCCAAGCUUGGUACUGGGCAAGUCGACACGGCAAGGAGAAGGUGCUGUUCGAAUUCCCUGGGAACCAGGUGACCAGUGUGGCUGGCGUGUACUUCACAGGAAACACAGUGGAAAAAGGCAUCUUCAAAGUUGCCAAGAAGAUUCCCAAGAUCCCUUUGGUUGUCCCGCACCAGGCCAACCUGAGCCUUGAUGCCGAAUUUCUCCUGUGUGGUGUGUCGGAGCUGGAUUUGCUGACGGGGGGCACGCCCUCCACCUUGCUGGUGCACGGAGCCCUCUCCUUCCCACUGUGCCUGGACAGCUCCCAGCGCUGCCUCUUGGCUGCCGCACGCUACGGCCGUGGCCGUGUGGUGGUGGCAACCCAUGAGAGCCAACUCUUCUCCCCAAAGCUGGCCAGGUUCCUGCUCAAUGCUGUCUCCUGGCUGGAUGCUGGGAGGAAGGGGCUGGUGGGGGUGGAUCCCAGCCUGAAGAAGCUGUGUAGCCUCCUGUCUCAGGCAGGGGUGAAGUCGCAGCUGUCACAGCUGGCAGGUGACAUCAGCGUGUACUGCUGCACCUCUUAUGGCGACAGAGAUGCCGAGAGAAUCCACGCUUUCGUUGCAGAGGGAGGCGGCCUGCUGGUGGGGGGCCAGGCCUGGUACUGGGCUUCCCAGAACUGUGGAAAAGCUGCUGUGGCAGAAUAUCCUGGCAACAGGAUCCUGAACCGCUUUGGGCUGAGCAUCCUGGGGCAGAGCGGCCAGGCAGCCAAGUACCUGCCUGUGGGGCCGGGGGAGCACUACCACUUCCGCAGGGCGCUCCUGCUCUUCAGCACGCAGCUGCAGGGGCACCAGGAGCUCACGGAGCCCCUGAAGGGCUGGCUGCACCUUCUGGCACAGGACUGCGCUGCCUUCCUGCACAUCCCAGCCCACGACUGCCCAGCAUAUGCCUCGCUCCACCGCAUCCUGACCAAAGUGCUCAAGAGGACUGGGAUCCCGCAGGUCAGCAGGCACUGCCCGGUCAAGAGCAACUCCAAAGAGGCAGUGCUUCUCUGUAUGGCGACCGAGCUGUCCCUCACCAUGACAGACAGUGCGGCCCUCAUGCAGAAAUCUGCUGCUGGGGUCUGUGGCCUCCCUGUCACUGUGGAAAUUGAUGGCACAAACCCAGGCACUGUCAGGAGAAGAACCCCCAACUUGUGGUACCAUAGGCCACUUGCAUGGCACAGUGGUUUUGGCAAGAAAGCUUCUUUGAGAAACCCUGGCCUCUACACUGCAGGUUGCUGUUCCCAAAGUUGUUCUGAUACAGCUGUCUAUGGAGUCAUCCUACAAAGAGGAAAGACAGCCUGGAGGAGCACAGGGCUCUAUCUCCCUGAGGGGCACACAGCAGUAAUAAUGUGCCCUUGUCUGGUGGUCGGUGCUGGUCUGAAGGUGCAGGUUGGGUGUCACACAGAUGACCUCUCUAAAGCCAAGGAGCUGAAACGGGCACCAGUGGUAAUACGCACCUGUGAUGUUGCCUGCCAGAAACAAUCCAUUUCCUGCCUCUGGGGAGGCCUCAUUUACAUCAUAGUACCAGCAAAGAGUGUCCUGGGGAAAGUGCCCAUCACGGUGGAAGGGGCAGUCAGAGCUCCUUUCUUCAAGCUUGGUAGGUUUGGGGAGACCUGUGAAAGGCAGUGGGAGGCCUGUAUCCGGCACUACCCUGCUCCCUGGGCAGAGCUUGCUGUUGAGAAUCUCAUCCUGACGGUGCCUUCUGACAGCAUCCGCCACAUGGAGAACCCACGGCCGCUGCUGACCCUGUGGAAUGAGAUCAUGGUGGCGAUAAGCAAGUUGGCAGCCGUACCAGCAAAAUUCCCAAGGCCAGAGAGGAUUGUAACAGAUGUCCAGAUCUCAUGUGGCUGGAUGCAUGCUGGCUACCCCAUCAUGGGCCACCUGGAUUCAGUGAAGGAGAUGUUAGAUGUGAAGCACAUACAAACUACUGGUCUUUGGGGUCCCAUCCAUGAGCUGGGACACAAUCAACAGCAGCAGGCAUGGGAGUUUCCUCCUCACACCACAGAGGCCACAUGCAACCUCUGGUCUGUCUAUGUUCAUGAGGAGGUGCUGGGCAUUCCCAGGCAUCAGGCCCAUCAGGCACUCAGGCCACAGUGCCGGAAGGAAAGGAUAAAAGAGUAUCUGAAGAAAGGUGCUCAGCUAAAGGACUGGAACGUGUGGACUGCUCUGGAGACAUACCUGCAGUUGCAGGAAGGGUUUGGUUGGGACCCCUUCACCCACCUCUUCUCUGACUACCAGAAAAUAUCCAAAAUCCCAAAAGACAACAGUUCUAAGAUGAACUUGUGGGCACAGAAGUUUUCUCAGCAGGUGAAUAAGAAUUUGGCUCCAUUCUUUACAGCCUGGGGAUGGCCUAUCAAGAAAGACCUGUCUAUGGAACUGUCCUCUCUACCCAGCUGGGAACAGGAUCCAAUGAGAUCCUACAGUCCGUAAAGGAAAACUACGUAAAUCUUUGUUCUCAUACUAGCUAUGAGAGCUAUCUUUUUCUCUUUAUGUGCUACAUGAUAGCUCACUAUGUGCUUGGAUUUAUGCUGGAUUUUUCAGCUUCUUGAUGCCAGUGGAGGCCAAUGCCAACAGAAAUUCAACAGGGAUCAGCAGAUCAGCAGCCACCUAAGCUAUCUUCUGAAGGGUUAAAUAAUCAAUGAGCUUUGUUCUGGGUUCUUCACCUCAGGAAGAAUGCAAUUCUCCAUUGAUUUGCUUCCUACAGAACUUUUCUCUGAUGAAAUGGAAGUUUUCUGGGUGGAGCAUUUCCUCAACCAGUUUCAAGGACUAUACCAUGAGAAUAGAGAUCUUUAAAGCAAAUAGUAGCCUCCACAAUGUUGUAUUCUUAAGUUAUAAUCUCAGUAACAUGGGAUUUUCACAAUUAUUUUUGUUCCCCUAAAAUCCCUAAUUUUUAAUUCCUCUAAUUAUGCAGAACUUCCACACCUGUUGUGAAAGUGGCCUUAUAAUGCUUAUAAACAGACUAUAUAAUGCAUAGUUGAUACUGAAAUACUGUAGAUUUCUUCCUACAUUCUAUAACUGUGUGAUCCAACGCCCAUCUUUAUGUGAGCAAGUCAAUUACAAGUUGGAGCUAUCCUUCAACCAGAGCCUGACAGCAAGAUACAUGCCAAUGAAGAUGAGAGAGUGGAAACAGGGAGGUGAUUUGACUGUAGUCAGUAAUGGUUUAAUGUAUGGACUCAUCAAAGGUUCAAGACAGGCACUGACCUGACAGCCUGAGGGAGCAGCAAGAAAGAAGACAACAGUUCAUCAAGACAGAGGACCAACCUUUCCAAGGUGCAACAAAAGUUCAUGUUACUCCCAGCUCUUUCAUAAUUGCUCAGCUAUUAUGGGUUCUGGCAAGCAUGUUAAUGCUUAGCCUCAGAUCUCACUAGUCCCAGCCUAUUCCUUAUGUGUCAGUAAUAAAUAAAAUCACUGUAGACUUGCAGGUUUUGUAUGUGGUCCUCUUUUCAUGCCUCCAUGCCCAGUAAAAAAAGGCCUAAAUAGAGAUGACCUAAAUAGAAGUGGCCUUGGUGGUAAAGUCGAGAAAAACCACCAUGGAAGUCUCUAGUCUGUGGUGUGGCCUUGUAUAUUUCAUAGUGCCAAAGGAGAGCACGUUAGGCCAAAUAUCAGUCACAAUUAAAGAGGCUGUGCAGUCUCCAUUCUUCAGGCUUGGUAAGUGAUUCCAAAACCUAACUGUAACAGGGGAGUAAAGAGGCAUUUCUGCAUUUGUGGUUUACCCAUAUUUUCCUGAUUUUCUGGGGGUUUUCUUUUUGUGGUCAUGUGUGUAGAAAAUAUCAAAAUAUGUAACAUCCCAGGAAAGUCUUUGAAUUAAACUUUGUAUUUCUUAGCCUGGAAAGUACAUUGAUAAGAGCUUCAGUUAGGAAUGAAUCUCUUUCCAUGUUCCCAGUAUAAGCAUGUCUGAGACACCUUCAAAGUGGCUUGAUAUUAAAAACUGAAUAUCAUCAACUUGCAGCAGCAGCAGACGUGGG